UGCGACUGUAGAAAGGGCAUCGGCGUGAAUAAAAGGUUUACAUGUUGGAGUCAAUUUCUUGAGAUUUCAAGCAGCAUGACAGUGGCUCUGGAGAGACUCUGUGGGAGAUUCCAUCAUGUUAGCAUGAGGAUGAUUGCUACAACGCCCAGGAGAGCAGGAAGAGAUAAAAAAAUAAAUAACUUCUCUAGCAGGAAAGUUUACCAUGAUGAUACCAAAAACAAUGACAAAGUAAAUGGUCUUUGUAAAAAUGAAAAUAUUGAUUUUCUGGAAUACACUGUGUUUUUUAAUCCUUCUGCUUAUUAUAUGCCAAAAAAAAGAGAUCCGCCAGUUCAGUCUCAUGAAAAUGAGUGUGAUAUUGAAGAUACAUCUGCAAGAUUCUCUUUUAAUCCUGGUUUAAAACAGUUACAACAGCAAAGUCAUACAAAAAAUACAUAUACAGUUUCUUGCUCUCGUAGUCUAUCAAGUGUGAAGAGCAACUUUGUGGAUGAGUCCUAUGAUAUGCCUGACAAAAAUAAGGUGUACAAGUGUGAGCAUAAUGGAAAAGAUGAUGAAAUUAAUACAUAUGACAGUAAAGAGGACCCCAGGGCCUUUCAAAAACUAAGAGAAGAGUAUAAAUCCCUCUGUUACAGCAGGAUAAAGACAUGUUCAAUUUCAGUUCAAGAAGGUUUCUUAAUUCUUCAGAAAGUGGCAAUGAUGAAAGGAAAUCUAGACACCAGGAUGAUUGCAGAAAUGUUUGAAAAACUCAGCCUAGUGUCCUCUGAGCAGCUGGUUCUGAUUAAGUCUGACACAAGAUUUGCCAUGCUAUGCCGUUAUGCUGUAGAAAACAUACGUCUUUUCACCAGCUUGCAACUGAUCAAUAUAUUACAAGCCUUCCUUGAUGUGUCCUUUCCUCCUACCCACAGCAUGUUGAAUGUGUUUGAUACUGAACUGUGCAAACGAGUCUGGGACCUUUGUACUGAUGAGAUCCUUCUAGUGGCUGACUUGUGGCGUUAUUUAGGCAGGCCAGUUCAGCAGUACUUGGACCUUGUUUAUUGCAGGGUAGGACUACACUGGAGAGAACUUAACCUCCCCCAGCUAGUUCAGCUAGUUUAUAUUAUUGGAGAGAGUAGGAGAGCACCACAGCCACUAAUGCAAAAUCUGGAAAUCAUAAUUCUGAAGUUCAUAAAUGAACUGAACCCUGAGGAGCUUGGAUCUUUAUGUCUUGGAUUUUUCAAAUCCAAAUGUGGUCUCUCUGACCAAACUAUGCACAAAAUAGCUGACAGAGCUCAAACAGAGAUUAAAAAGAUGAGUAGUUAUGCGAUUGUCAAUGUCAUGAAGAUGUUGCGCUUUUCACGUAUGGACCAUUUGGGUUUUCUCAGAAGUGUUGGCGAGGUAGUUCCAGAAAGAGCAUCUACUUUAGCUGUUCAGGGGAUGAUGCAUAUAGUCCUUUCUUGUGCUUCCUUACAUUAUCUAGAUGAGAGGAUCUUUGAGUCCAUUGCUGCUGAAAUUCCUUUUAAAGCAGCCUAUUGCAGAAGCAAAGAUGCUGCCAAGUUACUGUGGUCUUUCUCUUCUCUGUGCUAUCAGCCCAGCAAUGCAGAAGUCUUCUUCUCCACUUUGACUCAAAGUAUGCGUGACAAGGUAUCUGAAUUUAACAAAUAUCCUGAGCACCUUCUCACUGGACUAUUAGCAUUGGCUUUUUCUGGCCAUUUUCCCAUUGAUCUAAUAAGUAUUGCUCUGAGCCCAGACUUUGUAAAAUUAGCCAGUGAAGCAUCACACAUGGAGCUGAAAAAAGAUCUAUUUACAAUAGAUGGCACUGUGGAGGUAGAAGUGCCUGAAUAUUCAGGACCGCGGCUUUCAUGGAAUCUCUGCAGUCAAGUUCAAGAAAUGUUAAGGGAAUCUGUCAGUAAAGACAUCUGUCAUAAACCAGAGAUAUUACAGGCAGAGUCUUUAAUACAGAUCAUGCUUGGGGGACCUCAGUAUGUUAAAAAUCACAUGAUCCUGCCUCAUAUGAGAUCAAGUGAUCUGGAAAUCCACUUUGACGCUUCAGGUAGUGCACUUGCUUUUAAUGUAACUCCUUCUACCUCUUCUUGUCAUGAAAUAGAUCAAAGGAAAAACAAUAAGGUGUUAAAAAUGUUUGGGGUUCACCUUACAGAAAAUCUUAUGUCUCAACUGGUUGGUGCAAAAGAUUGCAAAAUUAAUGACUCCAUGGUUGCAGCUGUAGAGCAUGGUUUGAAAAGAGUAAAUUGUGACUCCUCCGAGAAUGCCAUGGCUGCUUCAGUUGAAAAGAAGAAACAUUUGCAAGAAAGUAUUCUUACUGAUGGCCUAUUAGAAUCUCUUCUAGGGUCACACAAUUCCAAGUCUGCGUUGCUCUCACCCUCAGUACAAAGUGAUGCUUCCAAUUCUGGGAUAAAAAAGCUAACAGUCCAGGUGACAAACAGGAAUCAUUUUUGUUACAAUUCCCGUAACCUUUUAGGAUUUCAUACCAUGAAGAGGCGGCAACUCAUUCGAACUGGAUAUACUGUAGUGGAAUUACCAUUUUGGGAAUGGUUUCCUUUGCUAAAACGCACACGGUCAGAGAAGCUGGCUUAUUUGCACUCUAAAAUUUAUGGUGCUCUUGAGUAAAGAAACCCAUAUCUUGCAUGAACAGUGUUGUGACUUAUGGAGGAAAUACAACACAAAAGCCAAAUAUUUGACCUACUAAUUUGAAGCCUUUUGUUGAUUCUUUGUGUUAAGUAAAAGGAAACAAAAUGACCAUUAAUUUUCAGAAGAGCUUAAGUUACAAAAAAACAAGUGAUUCAUAUGAUUGUUUUUAUGUCAUAAUUUAUAGUAGGCCUUUUGUCUUUUAAAUUUCCCAAUGGACUGAAGUUAUGUAUGAGAGGCUACUUCUACAACUGCUGUCAUAGCCUUGAUGACAUAGCAUCAUCUUUGGUCAUGUUCAAAAAACAUCUGUAUGCAUUGUAAAAUAAAUGUGUUCCUUACAUUA